AUGCGGGCCAUUUGGACGCGAGCCCAAAAUAAUUAUUUUUCUUCUUCAAUUGCAGUUUACCAGACACCCUAAAACAUCUCAUGGUUUUCACAGUUGUUCCGCUUUUGGACUCCGAUUCCGAAGUUCAGAGUUCUUCCACAUCCGAUCCAGGGGAAAGUGGCAAAGGAAAUUGCAUUAUUACAUAUAGCUGGCUAGAUAGAUAGGGAAAGUUGAGAUUGUUUGAACUUCAAAUACUGUUCAAAUUUGGCUGACACCAAAGAGGUAGCAGCAUUCCAACAAUGGCGGAGGUGAAUCAAGCUGCCAGCGAUAUCCCCCCAAACAAGACAAUUUAUAUUAACAACCUCAAUGAGAAAAUCAAGCUCGAAGAGUUGAAGAAGUCGCUUCACGCGGUGUUCUCUCAAUUCGGGAAGAUCUUAGAGGUUUUGGCAUUCAAAACCCUAAAACACAAAGGUCAAGCUUGGGUAGUCUUUGAAGAUGUCUCAUCUGCUACAAAUGCACUUCGCCAAAUGCAUGGUUUCCCAUUCUAUGAUAAGCCUAUGCGGAUAAACUUUGCAAAGACGAAGUCGGACAUUAUAGCAAAGGCUGAUGGUACUUUUGUACCUCGAGAGAAAAAGAAGAAGCAUGAAGACAAAGCAGGAAGGAAGAAAAAGGACCACCAGCAUGAUUCUGCUAAUCAAGCAGGAAUGGGUGUCAAUCCUGCCUAUGGCAGUGCUUAUGGUGUAGCCCCUCCUCUAUCGCAGAUACCUUAUAUGGGUGGCGCAAUUGGUGCUGCUCUACCGGAAGCUCCUGCUCCGCCAAAUAAGAUAUUGUUUGUCCAGAACCUUCCUCAUCAGACUACUCCUAUGAUGCUCCAAAUGCUUUUUUGCCAAUACCCCGGCUUUAAGGAAGUUAGGAUGGUGGAAGCAAAACCUGGAAUUGCUUUUGUGGAAUAUGGAGAUGAGAUGCAAUCCACAGUGGCAUCUCAGGCACUCCAAGGCUACAAGAUCAUGGAUGACAAUGCCAUGCUGAUUACCUACGCCAAAAAGUAAAGAAGAGUGUUCUACAUGUAGGAUUGAAACUUUUGAUGUUUUGACAUCCAUGUUGAUCAACUGAGAGCCUGACAAACUCUAUGAUAAAUAUCUAAUCUCCUUUCCUCAUCUCAUAGUAGAGGCUUACUAUA